AUGUAUACUCUAGUAGGAAGAAAUCCCGAAUCAAGCUAUCGAAAGUUGUUAGUUUUGGGUGAACUACUCGGCUUUUUAAGCGUUGUUUCCGUUGGUUUACUAUUCGAUAAACGUGUUUCUACAAAUACAUAUGAUUGGCAAACAAAUCCAUUCAGUUAUCAUCCACUAAUGAUGACUCUCGGUCUGCUGUUUUGCUAUGGAAACGCAAUGCUCUUGUAUCGAACAUUUCGAACAACACCAAAAUUAAUUGUUAAAAUUCUUCAUGCCAUUUUUCUCUUGGUGUCAUUGGCUGGUGGACUUAUUGGACUUACUGCGAUCAUUCGAAGUAAACAACUUGGCAAACGAUCACAUUUCAUGUCUUACCAUUCAUGGAUCGGUUUAAUUACAUUGAGUCUCUUCGUUCUUCAAUGGAUCUGCGGUUUUAUCUGUUUCUUAGUCCCACAGUUGAGUUUAAAUGUUCGAAAAGCGUAUAUGCCAAGUCAUCGACUUUGGGGCAAAGUCAUAUUUCUCUCGGCUGUCGUCGCGAUUCUAACCGGUUUAUCAGAACAUGGUGUGACAUCAUCGUUUUUUGCAGCAAAUGACAGUCAACGUGUGCGACGUUUAAUGAUGAACUUCUAUGGCAUAUUCGCAAGUUUAUUCGCCUUGAUCGUUAUCUAUUUACUUUCAAACGACGAAUAUCAACGCCCACCAGAGAAAGACGCACAAACAUAA